AUGUCACUGCCAGACCGGGCCCUGAUUAACACUAGAGAGAGACGUGACUAUCGUGGAUCCUCUGGGGAGCCUCAACAACAUCAUGAAGCUGACGUGGCAGAGAAGAGUCUGUCCACAUCAGAACAUCUCAAACACCAGCAGAGACCCACAGGGAAGAAAGCUCACCGCUGCUCUGACUGUGGAAAGAGUCUCUCCACAUCAGAACAUCUCAAAGACCAGCGGAGACCCACAGGGAAGAAAGCUCACCACUGCUCUGACUGUGGAAAGAGAUCAGUUAUCUCAGGAUAUUUCAAAUCACACCGGAAAACACACACAGGAGAGAAAUCUUAUAGCUGUACUCAAUGUGGGAAGAGUUUUGUUCACUCAAAAGCACUGAUAUUACACCUGAGAAUACACACUGUCGCGAAAUCUCACAGCUGCUCUGAUUGUGGGAGGAGAUGCAACUCUUUAGCAACCCUUAAAAUACAUCAGAGAAUCCAUACAGGAGAGAAACCUUAUAGCUGCUCUGACUGUGGGAAGAGUUUUGUUAUGUCAGGACAUUUAAAAUCACACCAGAGAACACACACAGGAGAGAAACCUUAUAGCUGUACUCAAUGUGGGAAGAGUUUUAGUCAUUCAGGCUCCCUGAUGGUACAUAAGAGAAUCCAUACAGGAGAGAAACCUUAUAGCUGUACUCAAUGUGGGAAGAGUUUUAGUCAUUCAAGCAGCGUGAUAGUACAUAGCAGAACGCAUACAGGAGAGAAGCCUUACCACUGCUCUGUCUGUAGGAAAAGUUUCUCACGGUCAGAUUCUCUAAAAACACACCAGAGAAUUCACACUGUAGAGAACGUAUAUAGCUGGUAUCAAUGUGGGAAGGGUUUUGUUACAUCUAGCUGUUCUACUAUACGUCAGAGAACACACACAGGAGAGAAACCUUACCACUGCCCUGACUGUGGAAAUAGUUUUGCUUCAUCAGGAAGUUUAAAAUCACACCAGAGAACACACACAGGAGAGAAACCUCAUAGCUGUGAUCAAUGUGACAAGAGAUACUCUGAUAAAAGAUCUCUGGUUAAACAUCAGACAAUUCAUACAUGAAGGAGUUGUUCCAUGAUAUCAAUGAAAUAAUGUCACAAUGUAGAAUGUUUUAACAUUGUAGAGUAUUUAAAUUAAUAAUGUCAUAAUGUUGACCCUUAAAUGUUUGCCCCCUGUUCUAUUGAUUUCAGAGUGAUAUGGUUAUUAACCUCAUCAGGGGGAAAAUCCAGGCUCUGAAUUGAAAGAGUACUAUUUAUGUGAUUAACAAAAAGUAAUUAACAAAAAAAAAGUGUUGUGUUACACUUACCGCCCCGCCCCGCUUCGCACCCCAGCCCCGACCGACCCAGCCCUUAGAGCCAAUCACCGACCCAGCCCUUAGAGCCAAUCACCGACCCAGCCCUUAGAGCCAAUCACCGACCCAGCCCUUAGAGCCAAUCACCGACCCAGCCCUUAGAGCCAAUCACCGACCCAGCCCUUAGAGCCAAUCACCGACCCAGCCCUUAGAGCCAAUCACCGACCCAGCCCUUAGAGCCAAUCACCGACCCAGCCCUUAGAGCCAAUCACCGACCCAGCCCUUAGAGCCAAUCACCGACCCAGCCCUUAGAGACAAUCCUUAGAGCCAAUCACCGACCCAGCCCUUAGAGCCAAUCCUUAGAGCCAAUCACCGACCCAGCCCUUAGAGCCAAUCACCGACCCAGCCCUUAGAGCCAAUCACCGACCCAGCCCUUAGAGCCAAUCACCGACCCAGCCCUUAGAGCCAAUCACCGACCCAGCCCUUAGAGCCAAUCCUUAUCCCGAAGUUACGGAUCUGACUUGCCGACUUCCCUUAACCUACGUUGUUCUAACAUGCCAGAGGCUGUUCACCUUGGAGACCUGCUGCGGAUACGCGCCCCUCUUGAAUCAAAAUGCAACACUUCUAAAUGUAUCUAGCUGUU